CGACAUCGUAGCUGGGGCGUCCCUAAGACAACAAAGAGCUACAGAAGGCAGGGCAGAAGGAGCUACAGGAGGUACGACAGGUGAAGAUCCAGCAGGGGCAAAUAGAGCAGGAUCUGCAGCAGGAGUGCUGCCACCUGCUUCUUCGCGCAGGCAGCGGCAAGCCUCACCCUCUGGUGCAGAGCCGAGAUCUCCUCAUCGUAACCUCAUCCAAACGAUCGACGACAUGAUACGUGCACCCUACACGGGUCCUGUGGUCACGUCAAUGACUGCGUUCUUGGGACGCAACAGCUUAUCGCGUCCCGUGCGUCAGUCCCUACGUCAGGAGCUCAUUGAAUCUCCAUCAACUACUUUUUCAGCAACUGCCUCCGCUGAUGGCGUUAACUCUCGAAUCAAACUGAAUAGACCGCAGCGAGAAAACGGGCAGCAGCAGUUUAGCCCAGAGUCUCAUGGAUUUAGAUCUUCUUCAAAGCAGUCCAGUCAUCAAAGACCUACAGGAUUUAUUUCUUCUGCUGGCUCCCGACCGGGGUUUUCAAAUGGGCAUGAUUCCCAUCGUUUCCAGAGUUCACACUUGAACGAGCCAAAAGAUGAAGGGGGUUUCCGCAUUGUUGACCCACCCAUAAGGUCGACCCAGAAUCGAGCUGCCAUUCGGCAGAAUUUUAAUAGCCCUCACAGAAACCCGACAGAAAUUCAGUCGUCUUUUUCUUUUCAAAAUGGCGUGUUCAGCGAGCAGUUUGACUCUCAGCGCGUCAAAAGGGAUUUAAAUAGUGAUCAAAAUUCGAUUCAUUCUGUGGGUGACUUCGAACAGAUUAAUUCAAUUGCAAAGGACACGGGCAGGCAGCAUAACACAGACUCAUCGUACACAGCGGCAAUAGGAAAUAUGUUCUACCGAUUCAGAGAACGAAUUCCGUCCAGUUUAAGUGAGCUUGCUGAACUAUUUGGUUUUGGUUCCGAAGACCGAAUUGAUUCUCCUACGUUAAACAAUUAUGGUCACCAAGACCCUAACCGAUUUGAUGCAAGACAGAGUUUACCUUUCCCAGUGGCGGUUCCUGCUGUACCAUCGUAUUUAAUCCUACCUCAACAUCCCGGGGUACGUACUCCAUCUAAAAAGAUACACAAAAGAAGUGUAGAUGACAAACUCGAAGAUACAGUGGACACUGCUGAAGCUAAACGUGUGGAACGUAUCGUUCAGAGUCCUCAGAGAGCGAAAAAGUCACCAGGACAUCGUUCUAUUAUUCGCCUAACCCCUAUUCGCAUUCCAAACAACGCAAUGACUGGUCCUAAGAACGGUAAUAUCCCCCAGCAUGCGAUGAGACCUCUGCGGGGCCACCAAAUACUAAAAAAUACGGUCAACACCCCUCGAACGCUCUCACCCAUCCAAACUCAGUUGAUUGCCGACGCACCGGUCAUAAAUGACGUUCCCAAUCACAUCACCGAUGUGCCACAAGUUCCAGUGUUGGAUCACAACUACAACUUUGUCACCCAUAAACCCAGAGGGCAGCCACCAAUCGAGACCUCAUCUCCAGCAGUCAUACUCAACGAACUCAUCCUCGAGGGCAAAGAACAAAGUCCUAUCGUCGAAGUCAAUUUGGACGACUUACCGGUAGUGGAUCAUGGCUAUGGCAAUCAGAAGCGCCUACGCCAAAUAGAAGAACUCAUACGGAUGCACAAUGAGGAAGUGAAUGGUUUAAAGUAUGAGAAACAGCUCCAUCAACAAAAUGGAUUUUCGGGAGGUGGCAAGAGUGUAUCGUCACAGCGAACCCACGUUGAUAACCUGGGAGCCCACGCUAACAAUUUGGCCAGUACGCCUAUUCCAUUCAGCAACGUGCAGAAGAGAGAGAUGGUCCAAGCUGGGAAAGGCCUGGGCGGCAGCAAAGGUAGAGGAAAUCAUGGUCAACAAUUAGAAGCUGAUUUCAGAGCCGAACCCGGAAUUGAACUCUCUAAUUUUCCGUCCGAAUUUCCAUCGUUUCCUGAGCUGAAUUUCGCAAAAAACUUCCAAACAGAUUUCGAAGAAAGUUUCUUUGGUUUGACAGAUGUUGACAAUUCAUUAGACAUAAUUCAUGGAAAAUCUCAAGACAUUCAAAGCUUGGUUGAUACUUCUCCUACUCCCCCACAAGUUUUUGAAGAAGAAAUUUUGAUUUCAACAGACCCUAUUGCGGAACAAAAGCAUCAACUCCAAAACUCUGAAAAAGUCAUUAAUAAUCAUCACCAGAUCAUGACUUCCCCCAUCCAUGUCCAGCAUUCUCAACAGCUCUUGAAACAACCUCAAUAUUCCAGGCCUAUUCCUCAUACUAUGAAUCACCCUCAUCAUCAUCCUCUAACAAUGAGACCUCAUGUGGGCGUGUUUGGUCCACAUAUGCCCAUGGUUCAUCCUCGGUUCGCUCAUCCGUCUUUCCGACCACAUCUGGCGGGAUUUCAUCCUAGGCCAUUACUCUUCAAUGGCCCAGUGCGUCGUAAGAAAGAAUCUGAUGGAAGAUCUUCAGAACCUAACGUUAAAUCAGCGACCGCGUAUGUACCCGCUCCAGUUCCGAGUGUCGCACCUGGCUUCUCGAUUGUCAAAGUUGGUGGCCUUAGGAAUAAUCGGCGGCGCGUACGCAAGAACAAGAAAGAAAACUCUCAAUCGCAGACGAAGAAUCGGCCUAACCGAAGCAAAAGAGAUACUGACCAUACCUCUGGAGCUGACUCACCAUUUGCUAACGAGAUAUCGAGUCUGUUGUUCUCGGAAUCGUUCGACACCCCCCUGGCUAAAGAUGCGAGCGUCGGUUUCAUGAGCGAGCAGCGCCCCUUGCCCAACUUUGCAUCACUUGGGGGCUUUGAGCCCAUGCAGGACGAGGCUCAUGUGCAAGCGUCCGAGUUCAUCCCGCACUUCCAGGUGCCGGUGGUCGAUGUGGCGGAGGAACACUUCCAGCAGCCUGCUAUCGGACCAGAUAACUUCCCAGUCCGUCAUGAUUUUGCAGUAGGUGGUAAGCGAAAGAAGAGGUCAGCGCAAGGCCUCUCAAGUCCUUUCGGUCGUGGAGGACAUGACGUUAAUCCUAGCGGAUCUAAUCGUCAUCAGCAACCACUGGCGCCCUUCGAAUCAUUUCCUGUUUUCAACUACCCCUCCUUCGGCGAGCGCAGCAGUCGAGAAGUCGGUGGCAGUUCCCCGGUGUCUUUCUUGACCAGUCACCACGGCACCGUCAACCCUCGAGAUCCAAGAAGAAGCCAGACGGCUUCUCCUUAUCAACAAAACCCCACGACUCAGUCAGCACUCAGGGCCCGGUCUGGGGAAGUUCAGUACCAAAGAAACCCCACCAUUCAGCGUGAUGGCAUUUACAAGGCAGAGGGACAAAGAAUAUUUGCCUCCUUCAAUGAAGGCUUGAGUCCUUUUUCAAGACCCGCCCACACAGCACGAAGUGCUUCUAAUCGACAGCCGUUUUACCCGUCCCAGAAAUUAUCAAGCGGACCUAAGAGCCGCAGUAGCAGCAACAAUUACAAUUCAUUGCCCAACGGCUUCAGAGAUUUCCAUGAAACUUUCUAUGGAAAUAGAGACAAACCCAGACUGGGUAGCCAGUCACACCGACAGGACGACUUCGCUCCGGUCGACAACUCUCUCCUUGGCUCAGGCAACUUUGAGGUGUUAUCUGGAGGUACAUUUUACGAAGAAGAUGGCGGUGGUCAUGGACAACGACAUCCUUAUGACAGUUUUCUGGAUAACAGCUACCCUUACAAUGAUGGUGGACAUUAUAACCAACCACAUUCCAACAAUUACGUUGAUGAUUUCUUCUCAAAUUUCAGAGAUUUUUCUGAAUUUGCUGUGAGGAGAUCAGAUCGCGACGACCGGGACGAUUUCUUUGGCGGCUUCGCUUCAGAAAAUACCGAUAAAUUAGUCAAACUGUCACCAGCUGAACUCAAAAAGCUUAACACCGAACACGAUUCGGGGCUGUUAAAAACCAACAACAGGAGUCUUGCUUUGAAGCAAAGUAACAUUACAAACACAAGUCAUGAAACAUCAACACAAGAUUUACAUCGGCCUCCUCGCAAUAUUCAGGAAGUGUUGGAGCUGGAAGAGACCGAGCCAAGCUACAUGCAAACGGCAGCUUUAACCGUUGACGACAAAGACCCUUUGAUCGCCACUUUUUAGCUUCUGUGGACGAAUUUUUAAUUCAUUUUUUUAUUUCUUC